AUGUCCGUCUCCCACAUGUCUCCCCCAUACCCGCUUCAUCCGUCCGUCCAAGACCUUCUAGACCCCGAAUACGUCGCAUUUUAUAAUGCACAUGUGAUCGAUAAGCAGCAGGUUCAUCUGCAGCCUGUCGAGGACUCACGCACAAGCGGUAUUCUGAUCCCCGGCGGUGGGCCUCUCAUAGACGUCGGCAAGACGACCGACAUAACCAUCAAGCGGCGGAGAACCGAAGGCCCAGACGUAUCUCUUCGUGUAUUUACGCCUAGUGGUGACGCGCCGCUUGAGGGAUGGCCCGUGAUGCUGUACUUCCACGGAGGCGGCUGGGUGCUGGGGAACAUUGAAACCGAGAAUGUGGUGUGUACAAAUCUAUGUAGUAGAGGGGAUUGUGUAGUUGUUACAGUUGAUUAUCGUCUUGCGCCGGAACAUGCGUGGCCAGCGGCCGUCCAUGAUUGUUGGGAGGCACUUUUGUGGUUAAUAUCGGAAGGUCCGGCCACUCUUAGCAUCAACACCAGCAAGAUGGCAACAGGUGGUUCAUCGGCGGGCGGGAACCUAGCUGCAAUCAUCACACACAGGGCACUCACGUUAUCACCGCCUGUCAAGUUCCUCGCGCAGCUGCUCUCUGUCCCAGUAAUGGAUAACACGGCAACGGUGUCGAAUAACGAAUCUUACAAAGCCUAUGAGUUUACUCCCGCCCUUCCGGCCGCGAAAAUGCUCUGGUACCGCAACCAUUACCUGCCAAAGGAGGAGGACUGGCCACACCCCGAGGCGAGUCCCUUGUUUUAUACCGGAGACUGGUCCGCAUUACCGCGGGCGUUGGUCAUGGUCGGUGAACUGGACGUGUUGCGGAGUGAGGGGGAGCAGUAUGCCGAGAAGUUGAAACAGGCUGGGGUGGAGGUCGAUUUGCAGGUGAUGAAGGGAAUGCCGCAUCCGUUUUUGGCAAUGGACGGUGUGCUGAAGGAGGGAAAAAGAUCGAUUACACUGAUGUGUGAGUUGUUGAAGGAGAUUUUCUCCAAGGGUGUUUAUCAUGGAAAUUGUUCUCACGUUGGAGAUCCUGCAAAGGCACAUAAACGAUAG